AAGUUCGGCAACCUUGGUGAGGAGGCCAUUGAGCUUGGGGUGCUCAGAGUCUUGCUUUCGGCCGUUCGAUCCCCUUGCACUUUGAUCUGGGCCGGUUGCCUAAUUCAGAUUGUGAGAACUUGCUAUAACGUGUACCUCGAGGGUGUCAACAACACCAAUUAGAUCUGUGCUAAGUCAGUUCUUGCCCAGAUCAUGACCAUUGUUUUUGCAAGAUUCGAGGAAGACUGCAUGGAUAUCCCCCUCAAAAAGGUAUCUGUUAAUGACUUGUUGGAAUUUACUGAUAAGAAUCUGAACGAGGGCAACUCCAUUCAAUUUUGCCAAAAUUUUAUAACUGAGAUAUUUUUAUGAUUGUCAAUGGCCUUCUUAAAACUACAUUGGGGCUACCCACAAGCUCAACCACACUUGGUCUCCAACUCAGGAUAUAACUUUCCGACAUGAAUCUGUGAAAUGCUUGGUCAGCAUAACUAAGUCAAUGGGGGCGAUGGACCAACAAACAAAGAUAGGAGAUUUAUAUCGACCAAAAAUCUCUGAUUGCAAUGGUACACUAGAGCAUCAUCUACCACCAAAUGGUGAAGAAGGUGACCAAAGUGUUGCUGUGAAGUCUGUUUUUGAAAGGCAACGAAGAUUGUAUGGUUUUAUUCCUAGGGCAAACUCGCAUUCUCUGUGGAUCGACCAAUUUCCGAUUUCCGAUCUUGCAGAUCGUGUAUCCCAAUAUCCUGGAGAUAUGGGUCUCACACGUCGGACUGGAGUUGAGGGGAUGGGCAAUUUAUUCAGAUUGUUGCUUCUCGAUUAUUGUGUGUUGGUCGUGCUAUUGAGGUGUUAGGUUCGAAGCAACAGGUAUUGGUUGAGAAGGUGUCAUCUCUUG